UGAUUCACAAUUUUUGACAGGUGUUGUAGUUAACUGUCACAUUCUACGUAUUCAUUGGAUUUUUAUCGUGCAAAAUUUUAAUCGGGUGUUGUUUGUGCAUUAAAACCUAAAAAUGAGUUUCUUCGGGAAAUUAUUCGGUGGUAGCAAAGAAAAAGCGGCCCCAACGACUGGCGAGGCCAUCCAGAAGUUGAGGGAAACUGAAGAUAUGUUGUUCAAGAAACAGGACUUUUUGGAGAAGAAAAUUCAGCAAGAAAUAGUGACGGCGAAGGCUAAUGCCUCAAAAAAUAAAAGAGCUGCUAUUCAGGCGCUCAAAAGGAAGAAACGUUACGAGAAACAGUUAACACAAAUAGAUGGAACCCUUACAACAAUCGAAAUGCAGAGGGAGGCCCUCGAAGGGGCCAAUACUAAUACUGCUGUUUUGACCACAAUGGCCAAUGCUGCUGAGGCUAUGAAACAUGCUCACAAAUUUAUGGAUGUAGACCAAGUACAUGACAUGAUGGAUGAUAUUGCAGAACAGCAAGAUUUGUCCAAUGAAAUCUCAAAUGCCAUCAGUAAUCCAGUUGGGUUUGGUGACGAUAUGGACGAAGAUGAGCUGGAGAAAGAGUUGGAAGAUUUGGAACAAGAAGAUUUGGAGAACAAACUUAUUGAAGUGCCUGGUGCCAAAGAUUUACCAGCCGUUCCUGAAGAGCCUGUGGCUGUCAAGCCUAAACCACAAGCCAAAAAAGCUGAAGAUGACGAUGAUAUGAAGGAAUUAGAGGCAUGGGCAUCCUAAGGAUUUAAAUGAAUAUAAUAAAUUUUCAAAAAAUACCAUUCUUGAAAUUGCUACAUAUAGGCACUUUAUUAGGUAGUAAGGUAAUUAUACAAAAAUAAUUAUAUUUUUAUUAGUUACUGUAACUUGACUUUUACAAAAGUUAUUUUUUUGUAUAAUUACCAGGAAAACUAUAAAAAUAAAAAUAAUAAAAUAUAAUUCACAGCCUUAAUGUCAU